AUGACCAGCGACGAUCAGUACUUCCUUGAUCUCCUAGCAUCAGUGCCCAGUGAUAUAGCAAGUUACGGGAGUCGUAUCGCCGACUACAUCGAGAAGCACUCCUCCUCCCUAGCUACCGAGCUUCGCGAUGCAAUCGACUCGGCCACAUGGAUCCCAGACUCAAUGCGUCCACCUGUGCGCGCUGUAUCACAUCAACUCAGUGCUCCAGCUCCUCCUCAAGGCUUCUUCGCAAGGACAACGACAUGGAUAUCCAAUAACCGAACGGCCAUAGCAGUUGUCUUAGCGUUUGCCGGUACCACAGCAAUCCUCAUACACAGGCGUAAGAGGGCGCAUGCAAAGAAGAGGCGUGCUCGUCGCGAUCGUAAUGGAAAGAAGAAAGAAAUAGUGGUGCUGGCCUGCUCCUCCUUCCAUGAUCCGCUCACUCACUCAUUGGCCCUGGACCUUGACCGUCGUGGUUACAUUGUCUACGUCACCGUCUCUAGCACUGAAGAAGACAGUCUGGUCCAAUCUGAGAGUAAAUGGGAUAUCCGGCCUCUUUGGAUGGAUCUCACUUCCUCUGUCCCAAACCCAGGACUUGAUCUUCAUCCUAACCUGGAGCCGAUCCGUCAGCUGAUCAAACCUUCCUCACGCGCAUCCUCUCCAGGCUCGGUCAAAUCAUCGCAAUCAAAUUCUCCUUCAUUCCCUCACACAUUAGCAGGCUUAAUACUACUACCAGGCUCAACAGGAUACCCGACCGGCCCGCUCGCAGCCCUCCCGCCAACAGACUUAAUCGAUACUGUCAAUACCCGCCUUCUAUCCCCCAUGCUGACCGUCCAACAAUUUCUUCCACUUCUCGCCCUAGCUGAGACUCAAGCCCAGUCUAGCACGGCAAUAAGCACCACCAAAGCUGCAGGCCUCCCUCUUCCUGUGCCGUCUGUAAUCCUUGCCUAUUCCUCUAUCCCAACAUCCCUCCACCCACCCCACCAAAUCCCCGAAACAGUUACCACAACGUCCCUCUCCAGCUUCACCCGAUGUUUCCGCCACGAAUUGCACCCUAAAUCCAAUAUCAGCAUCACAGAGCUGAAGCUAGGUUUCUUCGAUCUAAGCUCAGUACUCCCUCGCGCACCAAGGGCAGGAGACUACGUUUAUCCUCAGUACAUAAGGGAGCGAGAGCAAGGGCAAGAGCGCUCUGGUCCGGAGGUACCGAGGAACUCGGCCCUCACACAUUGGCACUCCUCACAGCGAGCGGCGGCGCAUCGGUCUAUACAUGGUCAGCAGCAGGAAGGAAGUGAUAGCGGCAACCACAGUAAAAUCCGCGGAGCCGGGUCGAAUUUGAGAGAAUUCCACAACGCCGUCUUCGAUACGUUGAACCCCAGUCCUGGGUUCAAAGCUUUCGGUGUGGUGUCUUGGGGUGGGAGUAGGAGAAGGAGAGUUCAGGGGACAGUAUAUGUAGGACAAGGUGCGAGGCUAUAUGAUUUCGUGGGCAAAUGGAUUCCGGAGGGAUUAGCUGGGUGGCUGAUUAGGCGGCAGGAGAGGAGGAGAGGUGAGGUGGAAGAUAGCAGUCAGGGUACGGGGAGAAGCAAUGUGGAUGGAGCAAGUGAAAGGGGGCAGGAGACUGGACUGCCGAGAUGGGGUGCGUCGAGCGCAAGUAGUGGAAGCGGGGUCUGGGAGAAGCUUUGA